AGCCCUAAACCAUUUCCUCUGUCUCGCCAUUGCUGCUCCAUCGAUUCCAUUCGUAAAAACCCAAACUUUUUUUGUUCAAAUCAAAACCAAACACUAGUGUUUUUGUACCUGAGAUUGAAAAACAAAAACAUGAGGUAUCAAUGGCGGUUGCUACUUUCUCGGAGCUACCGUUUAUCACAUCGUCUAUCACUUUCUCAUCAGUCCCACCAGUUCCAGGUAGUUUCCAAUUCGACCCGAUCUUUCUCUUAUUUCCUCCAUGAAGAACGUUCUGGAGUUGGAGUUUUGCAACAAAGACAGUGUCUUUUUGCCUUGGGAUUGAGCUCUGUUAGCCGAAGCUUUUCAUCUGAGCCUGUGAUUGAAGAGAAACCUCCUGCUGAGGCUGUUGUGAUUGAUGUUUUUAGAAGAUUGAAUUGUAAGGAUGAGAUUAGGAAAGAACUUGAUUCGAAUGGUAUAGUGAUUAGCCAUGAGUUAGGACUAAGAGUUCUGAGGGAACUUGAAUCAAGCCCUGAUGUUGCGGGGAGGUUUUUCCAAUGGGUUUUGGAGGCUUAUCCUCGAAAACUUUCCUCCAAAAGUUAUAACACGAUGCUUCGUAUACUUGGUGUUAAUGGUCUUGUUCGUGAGUUUUGGGAACUGGUUGAUGCUAUGAAGAAGAAAGGGCAUGGUGUAUCAGCUGGUGUUAGGGAUAAAGUGGGUGAGAGAUUUCUGAAAGAUGGUCUGGAUGGUGAUUUGGAGAGGCUUAAAGAGAUUUUUGCUUCAGGUUCUAUGGAUAAUUCUGUGGACAAGGUUUGCAAUAGGGUGUGUAAGAUUGUGAUGAAGGAAGUGUGGGGUGCUGAUGUGGAGAAGCAGUUAAGGGAUUUGAGACUUGAGUUUCGAAGUGACCUGGUGAAGAUGAUUUUGGAAAAGCUUGACGUGGAUCCGAGGAAAGGUUUGUUGUUCUUUAGGUGGAUUGAUGAGUCUGGCAAUUUUAAGCAUGAUGAGAAGACGUAUAAUGCUAUGGCCAGGGUUUUAGGGAAAGAGAAGUUUCUUGAUAGGUUUCAACACAUUAUAGAAGAAAUUAGGACUGCUGGUUACGAGAUGGAGAUGGAGACUUAUGUUAGGGUUUCAGCAAGGUUCUGUCAGACUAAAAUGAUUAAAGAAGCUGUGGAAUUGUUUGAGUUUGCAAUGGCGGGUAACAAUACACCCACCCCGCACUGCUGCAGUUUACUACUCAAGAAAAUUGUUACUGCGAGUAAAUUGGACAUGGAUUUGUUCUUAAGAACUGUGAAAGCUUAUACUGAUAAGGGCAACGUUGUGCCUGAUUCUAUGCUGCAGCAUGUCCUCAAGUCUUUGAGAAGCGUUGAUAGGUUUGGACAGAGUAAUGAGGUGUUGAAAGCGAUGAACGAAGGUGGCUAUCUUCCUAGCGGUGAUCUGCAGAGUGUGAUUGCAUCAGGACUUAGUCGUAAGGGAAAGAAAGAUGAAGCCAAUGAACUUGUCAACUUUAUGGAAACCUCUGGAAAUCAUCUAGAUGACAAAGCAAUGGCGUCUUUAGUUGAAGGGCAUUGUGAUGCUAAAGAUCUCGAAGAAGCUACAGAGUGUUUCAAGAAGAUGAUUGGCAAAGAGGGAGUCUCUUAUGCAGGUUAUGCAUUUGAGAAGUUGGUACUUGCUUAUUGCAACAGUUUGAGGGCAAGAGAUGCAUACAAGGUUUUCACUGAGCUAGUGAAACAAAACCAGUUGAAACCUUGGCACAGUACAUACAAAAUCAUGGUGAGGAAUCUGUUGAUGAAGAAGGUAGCAAGAGAUGGUGGGUAUGAAGAAGCGUUGAGUCUUCUACCUAUGAUGAAAAAUCACGGGUUCCCUCCUUUUGUGGAUCCGUUCUUAGAUUACUUAUCAAAUAGUGGAACAAGCACCGAGGCUUUCGCUUUUCUCAAGGCUGUGACUUCAAAGAAGUUUCCAUCUAACUCAAUGGUUCUGCGUGUAUUCGAAGCUAUGUUGAAGUCUGGAAGGCAUAGUGAAGCUCAGGAGUUGCUGUCUAUGUCCCCAAGUUAUAUCCGUCGCAAUGCAGAAGUUCUAGAACUUUUUAACUCCAUGAAACCUGAUAAAUGUUCUUUAGAAAAACCUGUACCCGCUCCUGCUCAAAUAGAAGCUUGAAUCAUUAUUAUAGGUUUUUUGGGACAUGGGGAAUGCUCGACUUAUACACAAUCACUAUUUCUGCUCCAAUUUUGCUUGCCUUAUUCUGCA